GAGACGGCCUUGCUUUCUUAGUUUCGGGGGAGGCCCAUGUCUGGUGUUUUUGCAUUUCUGUGGUGGGCGCCUGAAGUGGUGGAGUUCUUGUGGCUCCUUAGUAGGAUAUAGCAGUUGUGGCUUUCUCUACUGCUGGGAAUUGGGCUUCCCCAGAUUUUUCUCAGAUGUGUAAAUGGCUUGUGGGUCUGAGGGAAGUCUGCCUGUGGCUUUGUAUUUUUUUUUUUUAUUAUUAUUUUUUUUUUUUCCUCAAGCUGAGCUAGUUGUUUUCUGGCUGUUUUUCUUUCUUACAGUAGCAUUCAGCUUGUUUUGUAAUAACUCUGUUUAUGAUACUGAGCAGUGUAGUCAAUACAUUAAAAGGAAGGGAAAACAUCCAGAGGGACCUGGACAGGCUGGAGAAGUAGGCCCAUGAAAAAUCUAAUGAGGCUCAAUAAGGCCAAAUGCAAGGCGUUGCACUUGGGUCAGGGCAAUUGCAGGUAUUUAUACAAACUGAGGGAAGAUCUCCUUGAGAGCAGCCCUGCAGAGAUGGCCUUAGGGGUCCUGGUGGAUGGGAAUCUGGAUGUGAGCCAGCAGUGUGUACUUGCAGCCCGGAAGACCAACUGUUCUGAGCUGCAUUAAAAAAGGGGCUGGCCAGUAGGUAGGGAGAGGUGAUUGUCACCCUCUACUCAGCUUUUGUGAGGCCCCAUCUGGAGUACAGCAUCUGGGCCUGAGGCCUCCAGUAUAGGGCUUAGAGCUCUUGGAGCAGGUCUGGAGGAGGGCCGCUAAGAUGAUCAGAGGGCUGGAGCACCUUUCCUAUGAGGAAAGGUUGAGGGAACUGGGCUUGUUUAGGUUAGAGAAGAGAUGGCUCCAGGGAGGGGAGACCUCAUAAUCAUCUUUCAGUACUUGAAAGGAGCGUAUAAACAGAAGGGGGUGCGGCUGUUUAUGAGAGUGGGUAGUUAUAGGACAAGGGGGAAUGAUUUUAAGCUUGGUUUCUUAAUGGUUUUAAGAGACAGGGGAGGUUCUGGUUAGGUAUUAGGAGUAAGUUUUUCGCACAGAAAGUGAUGACACACUGGGACAGGUUGCCCAAGGAAGUUGUGGAUACCCCAUCCCUGGAGGCAUUCAAGGCCAGGCUGGAUGUGGCUCUAAGCCGUCUGGUCUGGUGGUUGGCAACCCUGCACAUAGCAGGGAUGUUGAAACCAGAUUAUCAUUGUAGUCCUUUUCAACCCAGGCCAUUCUGUGAUUCUAUGUAUAGAAUAAACAUGUUUUAUCAAGCUGUGUUGUCUUUUAAAAAAACUUAGGAUUGGUGUGUGUUUUCCUAACCAGUGAGUGAAAACAGUUAGUGCCUGAAUUUCACUUUCUUGGUAGCUUGUGAGGUGAUGGAGGCACCUGAGUAUUUUAUUAGAUUAUGUAUUUAUUAGCUAUCUUGUUCAUGUUACAGAAGUUCUACCAGACUAUUCUGCUCCUUGGGAAAGGUUGUGCUAUGUGGUGACAGCUGCUAUACACUGGCAAUUCUUCUUCUCAGACUGUAGGUUUUUGCUAGUGUCAUCUGAUGGAUGCAGCAGUCUUCUUGCUGCCAUGACUUCCUCCUACAAGAGCAGUGUAGUUUCAGGAUGCCUUGCUUGGGAUUUUUGAUGUGUGUGCUUGCCCUUACAGAGUGGGGCUUUGGUAACAAACAUCUGGUCAGCCCAACACCCUUUGGUUAGCUGACCUAGAAUGUUGUGAGGGAGCAUGUUUCCAUUCUAGUGAUGAAGGUUAGAGUAAAAAAUGUGAGUGUUGCUUGUCAGUAUCAUCCUACUUGUUUCGAAGGUAUCAUAGCAAAGCCCAAAAGGAGGAUGAAAACAUCACUGUAAAGCUGUAAUACUUUUCCAGUGAAUUAUUAUAAACUAGAAUGAGGUGAAGAAGGGGGGGGGGAAAACUCCUGUGAUUCUUACAGGAGAUAGGAAGGUAAAUGCAUUUUGACUUUGUAGUGGCUUUCUUAUCUGAGUAAAGACUGUUGCUGCUUUGGUGAACUGUUUUGACAUUUACUCAUCUGUGAGUGUUUAUCCUUUCUGUGAAAUUAUGCUUCCUGAUAUAUUCAGGAUUUUACCCUACCAAGUUUUUUUGACACUAAACUCCUCUGUUCUUCAAUCAUAGACUGAAAAGCAAUUUUGGUAGGCAUAUGUUCCUGUCACUUCAGUUGGGUAAGCAGCUUUUGGAGUGCCAUUCAGCAGCUGGAAUGCACACAACAGGUUUACUUAGCCUGUGUUAUUCCUGAGCAAUGCUUGCCUUUUUGUUUACCAGUGGCUACCUUGUGAUAUUGAUUUAUUGCCUCCUUUAGGUUAGAUUUUUGGAAAGAAGUUUGAGAGAACCAACCAAAAAGCCUGUCAAGCUGUGUGCCUUCCACUAGGUGAUGCCAUUGAUGUGAGUUAACUGGAAGGACAGUUAUUCAGAAGGAGCUGCAGUUCAUGGCAGUAUACUUCUCUUUGAAUCUUGCAGAUGCUUUAAGGCGACCUAGGAGAAGGCCAUGCUUGACAGCCAGGUGUAGCCUCUUGCUGGGUUUCAUCCCUAUAGUGUGGCACAAAGUUAAAUUACAGUUAGUAUCUUCACGUAGUAUGUUUAGAAAAAGUAAAAAUCUACUGAUGAGGACAGCAGCUGGAACCUUACUUGAGGUUGAAAUCACUUCUUCUAAGUCUCACUUUUGCGUGGGAGGGCAAGAUUAACUAUCUCCAGAAAUCCCUUCCAGCCUUAGCCGUUUUGCAGUUCUGUUAUUGAUGGGCAUUUGUGCAAGAAUUGUAUGCUUGUGAGGUGGUCAGGGCACUGUACAGAACUGAGAUGAUGGAAUACCACCUUUAUAAGGAUGACUUUUCAAGGAGCCGAAUAGACAUGAAGAGGACUGUCCUGUUUCAGCGGCGCUGAGUGUAUCCUGCACUGAGUCCAGCUGUUACCUGAGGGAAUCGAAGGUUGACUGGUGUUUCAAAACUGUCUGAAAGUCUCCUUGAGUCUCCUUGUUACAGGAGACCAGUGCGAAAGAUGGUCAUGGACAUCCUUGGUUACUUCAUAAGGGUGUGGCAGGAAUUACUGGUGGUAACUCGAUUGAAAGCCCCACCUGGAAGCCCCCAGCACAGGAAGGACAUGGAGUUGUUGGAGCAGAAAGAAAGGGGAUGAGAGUGAAAUACUGAUAAUGCUACAAAGGUGCCACACCUUGGUGCUACAGCAAGAAUUAUUGAGUGUGCUGGGAAAAGAGAUCACCUUUGGAUCCUUUUUGCUCAAUACAGUACAGUUCAACUGAGUCAUGUUGAGCUGUGAUGGGAUAGAAGCAGGCAUGCAGUCAAAGCAAAAAUUAUAUUUGCUUAACAUGUGAUUACAAAUCAACUGGAAGGAAGCCAGCUGUCUGGAGAGAGGCACCCUAUUAACAGAAGCUACUAGCCAUGUGCUGGAAGUUUGUAUAUAUAAUUAGAAGCUGACUGCCUAAAGAUGAGCUCUCAUCCAUGUGAAUCAGUAAGAAACUCUCUUUUUUCUAAUACCCUCAUACCAGUGGGUUUUUUUCCCGGCCAUGGAAGACUUGCAUCUUUCUGAAUUCCACAAAAUUUGCCUUCUUUGGAGACCUGACAUGAGCAAGAUGAUCUGGUUUGAAUGGUCUGUGGCCGUGGUGAAGCUAGAGAAGGCUGUAGUUUUGGACCUUGACUUCUUGAAGAGAGAACUGGGGUCCAAACAAAAGUAGUGGAAUCUUUGUAAAUGCAGCGAUAAAGCCUCAAGUCUAUGCUGAGAUGCUGCGCAGUGUGUUGUGGAGUUCAGGACGGUACAUCUCUCAGACAAAAGACCCUCUUCCUGACUCACUGGUACUCAAAGAUAUUGACUCAGAUGGACUCAGGAGGGAGGAAUGUGAAGCCAUGGAAGAUAGCUGUCAUCGUUGUGUCAGUGAUAAUUGGUCUGGCCCUCGUCAUUGGCUUGAUUUCUUAUUUUUUGUGCCAUUAUGAGGAUCGAUAUUACAAUGCAACUUUCCUUAUCACCAAUGUCCCAUAUGACCUUCAGUAUGGAAAGCAAACGACGGAGGAAUUCAGAUACCUGAGCCAAGAGAUUGAAACCAUGAUGUCUAAAGUAUUUAAGGGGUCCUUUCUGAGCAGCAAGUACAUUAGAUCCCAUGUUGUCACUCUAAGCCCAGAUCCUGGUGGAGUGCUUGUAUCUGUUGCUCUGGUAUUUAAAUUUGCCUCAGCUGACAGUGAGGCAACAAGCUGGAGUCAUGUCUACAGUGUGUUACGUAGAAGACUUGAAAUAAGCUCAACGUUCUUGAAUGUUGACCAGUCUACCAUUAAACUCACAGAAUUGAAUAAGGAGAAUGGAGAUAACCUUAUAAACAACUUCUGUGGAAUACGAAAGGAGGGAUUCUCCUUCUCAGGAGUGGAAAGAAUAACAGAUGGACAACGUGCGCAGGACGGAGAAUGGCCAUGGCAAGCUAGUAUUCAGCUUGAUGGGACACAUUACUGUGGUGCCUCAGUGAUCAGUAAUACAUGGCUAGUGACUGCAGCCCAUUGCUUUAAAGCAGGAAGAGAACCUCGGAGAUGGACUGCUAGUUUUGGAAUUCUGUUGAGGCCUCCAAAACAGAGAAGAUAUGUCCGAAGAAUUAUCAUUCAUGAAAAAUACAAUAGCCUUGUCCCUGAUCAUGAGUAUGAUAUAGCUGUUGUGGAACUUGCCUCCUCUAUUGAGUUCACAAGUGAUGUGCACAGUGUCUGUCUUCCUGAAGCAUCUUACAUAUUAAAAGAUAAUACUUCCUGUUUUGUCACAGGUUGGGGAGCUUUGAGGAAUGAUGGCCCUAGUGUUAAUCAGCUUCGACAAGCAGAAGUAAAAAUUAUUAGCACUGCAGUUUGUAAUAGACCACAAGUGUAUGCUGGAAUGAUAACACCAGGGAUGUUGUGUGCUGGAUACUUAGAGGGACGGGUGGAUGCUUGCCAGGGUGACUCUGGUGGGCCACUGGUGAAGGCAAACUCCAGAGGAAUCUGGUAUCUCGUGGGAAUAGUGAGCUGGGGUGAUGAAUGUGGCAAGGCAGAUAAACCAGGAGUGUACACGCGAGUGACUUUUUAUCGAGACUGGAUUGCUUCCAAAACCGGCAUCUGAAACCUGCGGUUAAGUUUUGUGGGCUGUGUGAAGGGCUAUUCCUCUAACACGUUCUGCUCUGUGGUUACCCUCUAAACAGCUUCUGCCUUGGCACGUGAUGAUGUAUCAAGUGCUGGCAGGCUUGGAGUAGUCUAGGACUUGAAAUUGGUUUGGCUUACAACCGGAAAAGAAUGAACUCAAUCAUGUGACACAGCAGUUUGUUCAGGAAGUACUCUGUCAAAGGGGCAAAGACUUUGGUUUCUGUGCGGGAUAGAGACCCUCUUCUCUGUGUCCAAAUCUUAUGGCUGCUACUUUGUGGGCCAAGCACGAGCCCACAAAUCCAUUUACCAGGAUCUUAAAAACAGUUGCAACUAAAAUGUGACCCAUCCAUUUGCUGUGUGCUUCUAAGGCCCUGCCUGUCUGUAGACCAGCUACCAUUGAACCCCUGACUUUAAGACUGCUGUGCUUUUUUCCUGCAUUGUUCCAUGGAGCAUAUCUAUGCUAAUAAUGAACAGAAGAUGGCUUAGAGAAAUUUCAUUUCCUAGUAUCAUGUCAUACAGUUACCUAAGUGAACUCAGAAGUAUUUUUUGCUGUGUUGUCCUGAAAAAGUGAUCGCUGAGAAAAGCCAGCUUCUAUGCACCGCCCUUGAAUGUGUCCACUUCCUGCUUCUUAUGAAGAGCCCCUACUACAGCAUUUGCCAUGAAAGUGAUUUCUGGACUUGAGAUCAAGUAGUACUUAGUGUUCACACUAGUCUAUUGUUUUACUUAAAUAUCUGACUGAAUGAAAUUCCAUUUUAAAACUUUCCAGAUUGUAUUGUUUUUAAUAAAGUCCUAAGCUCUUUUGUUUUUGGCAA